GAAUGGACAGCCUGCAGCUGCAGCUGUGGGCGUGGUUGGUUCACUCGGGACCGCCGCAUCGUUCGCUUCUCCUCUGGGGGUGGGAAACCAUGCAUUGGCUCCACGCGUGAAGAGCAUCCUUGCAACGAGCAACCGUGUGGUGGACAGGAAUGCUUCUUUGGCGCAUGGUCCAGCUGGGUUGGCUGCGAUGCUUCUCGGCCUUUCCAGAAGACGAGGUCUCGAGAUGUGGAGAAAGCUGGCGAGGGCUGCAAUGGCCCUUUGGUUCAGUUGGGCAGAUGUGACGCACUCCACCCAGUCGACUGCGUGCUUGAAGAGUGGGGUGCGUGGAGCACUUGUGACCGGCAGUGUGAUGGUGGGCAGAUGUUCCGCGAACGCAAGAUGCCGGGAAACCCAUCGCUGUCGCAGGCAGCUGCGAGGGCCAGUCCUUCAAACAAGUGCGACCCUGCAAUCAGCAACCUUGUGCUCGAGCUGACAACGAUUGUAUACUUUCUGCGUCGGGCUCGUAGUCCCCGUGCACUGCGAACUGCGAGGAUGGGGUCACGAAGCGACACCGCGAGAUCCAGCAGCGCGCCGGUCGGGGCGGCGACCCAUGCAAGGGAUCCCUGA